GAGGGCAGGGCUGCUGUUUUUAUUAUGAUGGCUGAAGAGAGUGUAGCACUCUCCAAAGACCUCGAAGGCUCUGAAACAUCUACACCUGAGACCCCGACUGUCAAAGUCUUAGAAGAGCUCCUGAAUACUGGGAGGCCCUCCUGUAACCAUGCGGAUGAAGUAUGGCCUAAUCUUUUCAUAGGAGACCUUGUUAUAGCCCACAACCGGUUUGGUUUAUGGAAAAUGGGCAUUAGCCAUGUCUUGAAUGCUGCCCAUGGAAAAAUAUUUUGCAAAGGAUCCCAUGACUUUUAUGGCACUAGUAUUGAAUACCAUGGUGUACCUGCUUUUGACUUACCUGACUUUGACAUAAGUCCAUACUUUUAUCCUGCUGCAGAAUUUAUACACAAAGCCUUGACUACACCAGGAGCUAAAAUCUUAGUGCACUGUGCAGUUGGGAUAAGCAGGUCAUCUUCUUUGGUGCUCGCAUAUCUCAUGAUACACCAUCAUUUCUCUUUGGUUGAAGCAAUUCAGACAGUGAAAAAACAUUGCUGGAUUUUCCCUAAUCGUGGAUUUUUGAAACAACUGAGAAGUCUGGACAUUCAGUUAAGAAAAAUAACAGAGCAUAGGGAGAAAAAUCCUUGAUUGUCAGGAAAAGUGACAAUUAGCCAUUGAAACUUUCUACAGUUCACUGCUGUUCAUGCUGCUAGUUGUUAAAACAACAACCAGUUGCUAGUUGUUAAAACAACAAUGAGUUCAUGCUGGUAGACACAAUUGCCAAAAUUAUGUUCAUCAAUACAGUUUAUGCAAAAGCCAGGAAGAGUGUGGCUUUUUAAAUGCAUUUUUUAAAAAAUCAGUAUUUGUGUCUCUAAAAUAUAUUUAGUUUUUCGUGUGUCUUGUAAGAAAGAGAUAAAUCUUGUGGAGGAGGUUUAAGACAAAGUGACUAGCCUAAAGUCAUACAGCAUGAUUUCAUAAUUUCAGAGCAGGGAGUUAAAAACCCUAGGCUUCUUGCUACAUACGCUGUCUAUUACACUGGUAGUUCACAAGCUUUUCUUCUUAAGGUUUUACAGUUUCCUGUGGCUGAAAGCCUCAGCAAGUGGUGUCACUAGGGAAUGAUGGGAGUGCUGACCACAACAGGUGACACCCUUGAAGGGGUAUCACCAUGCUGCCACCAACCCAGCAAAACACACAGAUGCCCCCGAGGCACUCCAUCUCACCACACACUACCUACACACAAGCAAACACAUCGCACAACCCACCUGUGCACACACACACACACACACACACACACACACACCUCUUCUCCGUCACCCCCUCAUCCCCUUCCUGCACACACAUUCUGGUGUUGCCACCUCCCCACACACUCACAACCUGCCAUUUCAACAUGAAUGCACACAACUGCCACUACUCCCCAUCAAACCACCUAGCACACGCACACACAUGCUGCCACCCCCCAACACUUGCCAUUCCAGCUGGACACUCAAAUACAUACCUCCUUCCACACGUGCGCAAACACCCAAGUGUGUGCUGCCUUCCCCCCAAAUCUGCUACUGCAUCCCUCGCACACAAACCCAUGUACGCUGCCACCCUCCACCCAUGUGUACACUCCCUCCCUCCACACCUGCUGCCAUUUCCCACACAUGCACACCCCCACCCCUACUGCCCCCCAUGUGCAUGCGCACACGCACAUGCUGCAGGCCCUGCCCCUUUUACUUUAGAUGUGGGAUGGACAACCGAUAACUUCAAACCACAGCACAAUAACCCUUUAAAAAGCUUUACUUGUUGUUGUUGUUAAGUGCCUUCAAGUUGUUUCCAACUUAUGAUCAACCUAUCAUGGGGUUUUCUUGGCAAGGUUUGUUCACAGGUGGUUUGCCAUUGUCAUCCUCUGAGGCUGAG